AUGUCCAGCCGAACCGACCGGCUGUGGGGAUUCGUCAUCGACCGCCGCGCGCACGCACCGCAACCAGAUGCUUUCCGAAUCUUUGCGGGACCGCAGCGAAUCCUAGCCGCAUCCUAUGACGAGUGCACAAAUGAGGAGUGGUCAGCUGACAGCUGCCUGGAAGAUCCUCGUGAUGUUGUGCUGGUUUUGAUGGAUGGACCACGAAUGGCUGAUGAGCUGGGGCUGGACUCCACGGAACUGAGGGAGGGUUCUCGUUGA